AUGGCUAAACUCGAUCUCACAGUCCCAGAUCUCAGCCUUCCAGAUGGGAACAAGAUCCCUAUGCUUGGCUACGGAACUGGAACUGCCUGGUACAAGAAGGACGACGACCCGUACGACAAAGCGCUUAUCGAAGCUACACUGACGGCCGUAAAGCUUGGGUACACACAUCUGGAUGGCGCCGAGGUGUACAACACCGAGGAGGAGCUUGGUGAAGCUAUUUCCAAGUCGAAGGUCCCUCGCGAGAAGCUGUUCAUCACGGACAAGGUCGCGACGAACAUCCAGGACAUCCCGUCAGCAAUCGACAUCAGUUUGAAGAAGCUUGGCCUGGACUACCUCGACUUGUACUUGAUUCACGAGCCGUUCUGGGCGAAGGGAGACGAGGCAGAGCUUCAGAAGAAAUGGGCACAGAUGGAAGAUGUGCUCGCCUCCGGAAAGGUCAAGUCGAUUGGUGUCUCGAACUACCUGAAGCCAGACCUGGAAGCAAUCCUGAAGACGGCCAAAGUCCGGCCCGCCAUCAACCAAAUUGAAUAUCACCCAUAUCUUCAACACGGGGAUCUCAUUACCUACCACAAAUCUAAGGACAUCAAGCUUGCUGCGUACGGUCCUCAGUUGCCCGUCACAAGAUUCACUGGAGGCCCUCUGGACCCCAUCCUCGAGUCCCUGGCGAAGAAGUAUGCAGUCAACCCUGGCGAGAUCUUGCUGAGAUGGGUCAUCGACCAAGGUAUCGUAGCAGUGACCACCAGCAGCAAGGAGCAAAGACUGAGCGAUUAUCUGCGGAUAUUCACCUUCAACCUCACUCCCAAGGAGAUCGAGCAGAUAUCCGAGACGGGCUCAGGUUACCACAAGAGAGGCUUCUGGAGUGCUAAAUUUGCCGACGACGAUACAUCGUAA